AAAGCACACAGAAGAGGCGCUCGAGUCCUUUAACUAUCCAAACUUCCGGUUUGUUCACUUGGAACUUCAGGCUUUUUUCCCCCUUCAGUGGAGGUGGAGGAAAACGAAGAGAAUGUCCAUGCUUUCGCCUGCAGUAUCGAAGGAACGUUAAAGGAUAAAAGGGGGCACGCUGAGCACCAACACUGGCAAAAUGCCCGAGCAAGUUGACAAUAUCGACCUGGGCUUCCUCUCUAACACCGAGCGGGAUUUGAUCCUGGAGGUGCUAAGACGGGAUGAGGAACUGAGGAAAGCUGAAGAGCAGCGCAUUCGGAAGCUGAAGGCAGAGCUGCUGGAAAUUAAGAGGAAAGGGGCCAAACGUGGCAGCGGGAGAUAUAGUCAGAGGAGCUGUGGCCGAUGCCAGACGCCUUUGAGUGCACUGGCCUUAAACAACAUCCAAUGCAGGCAGUGCCAUCACCUUGUAUGCAGCAAAUGCAGAGCCAGUGUCCUCAACGGGGCAUGGCUGUGCAGUGUGUGCGCCAAAGAGUCGGACCUAAGGAAGAGUACAGGAGACUGGUUCUACAAUCUGAGGGUAAACCGAUUCUCUACUUCGCCAGGACAUGAGCUUGUAAGACGCACCCUUAGAAAGAGACCUGUGUCAAAGAAGUAUGUGACAAUGGGAGACGUUCUACUGAAAAGUGAGGAGUUAAGCCAAGCUCCAUCAGUGCCUGUUCCCGUCCACAGCCCCACUCCUGGCGCCCGUACCCCCACCCCAACCCAUGCCUUCAUCCCAGACCCAGACCCAGUUUUAGACACAGUCUCAGUUCCAGUGCCAGUCCCCGUCCCCAGACAGAGAAUCCAAACCACUAGCAAAGCAACAUCGGUGCAACGUACUCCUAGUGCAAAAUCGGAGUCAACCACUUCAGUGACAUCUUUAGAAAUAAAAGCAUCUGAAGACAUGUUAAAGCUGUCGUCACACAGUGACACAGAGUCUGCAGAAAACUGCAGCCUGAGCAGCAGCAAAACCGGCACGGAGUCGAGACAUGUCACCCCUGACCUGCCCAGGAGAGAAACUACCCCACGUCUGUCCAGCCCAGCAGGAUCCAGUGUUUCCAGUCUUACACUCCAAGUCAUACCAGAUGCUGUCAGCAUUCAUAGCUCAAGCUCAGAAGCUAACACAGUCCCAGAAAUAAGGCAGAUCUGUCCAAGCCCAGAGUUGGAUGUGGACAAAUUAUUUAAGAAGAGUGUCAAACGUGUCCAAACUCCUCCCAAACGUCUCAUGUUGGGGCCGGAUGUUUGUGACCAACCUGAGUCCUGUGAGAUCCGACCUGAGUCCUGUGAGAUCCGACCUGAGUCCUGUGAGAUCCGACCUGAGUCCUGUGAGAUCCGACCUGAGUCCUGUGAGAUCCGACCUGAGUCCUGUGAGAUCCGACCUGACUCCUGUGAGAUCCGACCUGACUCCUGUGAGAUCCAAGAGGACAUCAGUAGCCAUUCUGCACAAGUCGAAGAGGCACAAGUGCCAGACAUAAAGCAGGUCUCUCCGAGCCCCGUGUUGGAUGUUGAGCAAAUCUUCAAAAGGAGUGUCAGACGCAUUCAAAAUUCUCCUGAUCACCUAUCCACACUGGAUCUUCGUGACGCACAGGAUACAUUGGAGGUACCAUUUGGAAACAGGAGCCAUUCUGUACCAGCUUUAGUUGUGCAUGAAGAUGAAGAGGAGGAUAUUGACAGCUUGGUUAACUUCCACAGGAGGACAAUGGCUUCCAGCUCUGCAAGCUCACAGAGCACACACGGCAGCCUGAUGAGCAUUUACAGUGAGUCGGGAGACCAUGACAGCGUGGAGGUGAGCGGGGAGGUGGUCUUCUCUAUGAUCUAUGACGAAUCCACCCAGAACCUCCAGGUCUUCAUUAAGGAAUGCCAUGGCCUGGCCUAUGGAGAUAACCUACGGCAGCUUUCCAAUCCCUACGUCAAAUGUUAUCUCCUCCCCGACAAAUCUCGCAUGAGCAAAAGGAAGACCACCAUCAAGAGGCACACCUGCAACCCUGUCUACAACGAAACAUUCAAGUACUCCAUUCGCCGUCCUCAGCUGUUCACUCGGUCCAUGCUCAUAUCGGUGUGGCACCACGGCCGCUUCAGUCGCAACCCUUUCCUGGGAGAGGUGGAGAUUGCUCUGGACUGCUUCGACCUGGAGUCCUUGCAUGAGGAAUGCAUGCCGCUUAUGACUAGGGCUCCUUGCUCUGUACCAGCCUCAGCCUUCACUGAAUUCAAAGGAGAGUUAGUGGUCUCCUUGAAGUACAUCACACCUAAAGCCCCAAUAACACAAAAGAGCAAAGGCAAAAAGCCAGUGGCUGUGGAAGGUGGGGAGCUGCACAUCCUAAUUAAAGAGGCAAGGAACUUGAUGGCCAUGAAAGGAGGAGGAGGCACAUCCGAUAGCUUUGUAAAAGGGUACUUGUACCCGUCCAAGUCAAAGACCACCAAGAGGAAGACACCAGUGGUGAAAAAGAACCUGAAUCCUCACUAUGGCCACACGUUUGUAUACAAGGAGCUAUCGCUGGAGCAGCUGAAGACCAUGUGUCUGGAACUGACCCUGUGGGACAAAGAGCCCAUGUUGAGCAAUGAAUUCCUUGGAGGAGUACGCCUCAGCUCUGGCAAAGGCACUGUCAAAAUGGGAAACGAUGAAGUGGAAAUGGAUUCGGUUGGAGAAGAAGUGAGUCUGUGGCAGAAAAUGAUGCAGUACCCUGACUCCUGGGCAGAGGGCAGUCUCCCCUUGCGCGCCACCAUGAAGAAAAAGAAGACAAAAUGAGGACAUCCCUCUUGAACAAGCAUGUGGAUCUUUCAGGGGGUAAAGUCUUGGCGUCUGAAAUAAUAGGAUUGUGUUUUCUAUGAUUAUUUUGCAACACUAUGGGACCACAAACUCGGCUUUCCUCUUUGAUAUGACAAUACACAAAGCUGGAGUUGUCACAUGUUUCUUAUGAAAAUGUACCAAAGAAAUACUCCACUCUGGAUUUUUGAAAUGAUACGGACACUUUUGUUUUUGAAGUUCACAAGCCCACGGCACAGAAAUGGCCAUCAUCAUGUCCAGCUGGGUUCAGUUUGCUAUGUUACAAUACACCGAAUCAAUUCCUAUAAAUACCUUUUUAUAUAGCCAUUACUGAUUUUUGCCAAUUUUACAUCAAAUAUUUGUUUAUGAACAUGUUUUGUUGAUUCAGAUUAGAUUUUAACUAGUAUUUUUGUCUCAAAGUUGCCUUGAUGAUCCUUUUCAGCCAAUAAAUAUUGACAAAACACGCAAUAUAAUUGACUAUUGGA